AUGCCGUUGACGAUCGAGCCCGGGGGGGAUUGCGUGCCGACGGAGCUGGAGAAAAAGAGGGCUAAGCUGGAGAAGUACAGAUACGAGUGCAGCGAGGUGUCAAGCUCGUUUCUUUACGUCUCGGGCGAAGACGCGGCGAAGCAGCAGGGGUUGGUGGCCAGCAAGGGCAUCACGCACAUCAUCAACUGCGCUGGGCCUCAGUGCCCAAACUAUCUGGAAUAUACUGGGCGGUUCAACUUCUUGCGGCUGAACUUCUACGACCACCGAACGGAGGACUGUGCGUGGUUCAUGUACAAGGCCUUUGACUUCAUGAAGGCCGCGGAGGAGCAACGAGGGAGGGUGCUAGUGCACUGCGUGCAAGGGGUUUCCAGGUCGUGCACGCUGGCGAUCGCGUGGCUGAUGCUCACGAAGGGGGUAGACUACGACGAGGCGUACCUGAGGGUGCGCCAGGGCAGGCCGAUCUGCGCGCCCAACACGGGCUUCAUCUGCAGCCUCCUAGAGUGGCAGCGAAGAAGGCAGCAGCCGCCCUCUUCGCCGUUGCUCUACCGGACGGCGUGGCACGUACCCCUCUUCCCGAACGACCUUGUCCUCAAGAUCUGCAUCCACGAGAGCGACCGAACGAACGUCAAAGCCACCCUGGCGGCUCUCGACUCCCGCGGCUGCUACCUUCUCGUCGUCCCGGCCACCGCCGGCGGCGGCGGCGGGGGGAGGGCAAAGGCGACAGUCAGCAUGGGAGUGAUCCCGUCCAGAAUCCGAGGAGGCUUCGCCCCUUCCUGUUCCUCGACCAGCCGCCUGUCGACCCCGUCCCCCGCGGCGGCGAGGGCGAGGGCGGCGGCGGCGGCGGCGGUGAUCGCGAACGCUAAGGCGGUGGCGGCGGUAGCGGCGGCGAAGGAGGCGCAGGCGGUGGCGGCGGCGGCAUCGGCGGAGGAGGCGGUGAUGGUGGCGAAGGCCGUCGAGGACCGGCGUCUCUGUGCCGUGGACGUGGCGAGAGUCGGAGGUCUCGGCGAGAGGCGCGCCCAAGGCUAG